AUGGUGCACCGACGGCGCCACGACCUAUCCGAGCUUCGUUCCAUGCGGAUUCCACCCAUGCCAACGCCUGCUUUCAGAGAUGGACAAUGGCAGGAGAUCCAAAGCAACCGACUGCUGCCCGGAGACAUCAUCGGCAUCCAACGCAAUCCUGAGGUUUCAUUUCCUUGCGAUGUGCUUCUGCUGCAAG